CAUUCUGCUGACGGCCGGAAGUGGUUCAGUGAGUGAAGCUUCUCGCUGUCACAGUGGCACACACUGAUUCAGCGGCCAAAAGGCCAGCGUGGUGUAUCCUUCACCCUUAACCAGACAAAAAAAAUGUCUAAGUUAGAGAUGUUAAACUCGUAUUUGAUGGAGCGGCUGGCUGUGGCUGUUCGGGAGAUUCUGGAGGCGGUGGAAGCCACGGUGACGGAGUACCGCACAGAGACCGCGCAGACACGCAUCGAAAACGAAAGCCUGAAACAGCAGCUCCGAGAGCUUCUCACUGCAGCGCCAGACCCAGUUCACAGGUCCUCCAAAUCUGGCUCAGAAGAAAUCUCUCCUUGUGGGCAGCAGGACUGGGGCUUGAGCCUGGAAGAACAAGCAGAACCUCUAGAAGUGAACCAGAGCCAAGUGCUAAGUGAAGGUUCAGUCGGGAAGAAGAGGCCACAGACACUAGACCUGGUACCGGUUUGCAAAAAUGACCCCGAUCCCGAGGUGAAAACCCUCAGUGCGGACUUAUGCACAGAGAAUCCACCUUCUGCAAACACAGAUGAGAACAACUUUCAAGAAAUGUUGUUGCCAGUUGUAAAACUGCACAGGGUGAAGCUUGAACCAGAAGAGAAGCGAAUUCCAGUAUCAUUACCAGACACUGACCUUCCUAUAGACUCAGGCCCUUCGUACAGCCCUGAAUCCCCUCCGAGCGUGCUCAGUCCCAGCACAGGCAGCCAUAAUGCCUUGAUCUCAGAGGUGACAGAGAGAGAAGAGCUCCACAACACGGCUCAGCCGAAUCAGACAAGGAGCAUGGAGAAUGUGAGUAAAGAGGUGCGCAAUGAAGUGCUGUAUAAAUGUUCACAUUGCCGAAAGGCAUUCACAGAACUGAAAAGGCUACAGGUGCACCAGCAAGCUCAUGAGCGGGCCUUCGGCUGCAACUGGUGCGGCAAGGGCUUCUACCAGUCAGCUGACCUUCGGCGCCACUUGCGCACACACACUGGAGAGAGGCCCUACUUAUGCACCUGGUGCUCCAAGAGCUUCAGCCAGAGGAGCAACCUGCGGCGACACGUGCGUAUUCACACAGGAGAGAGGCCGUACAGGUGCGCCCACUGUGAGCGCAGCUUCAGUGACAGCCACACACUGAAGAAACACCAACGCAAACAUUAUGAUGAGCGCUACAAUUGCUCUCUCUGUGACCAGAGCUUCACUGUGGCCAGGUCACUGCAGCUUCACCUGGUAAAGCAGCACCUCAUCGACAAAGACAGCCAAAGUCAACAGCAAGUGGCCUUUCGGAAUCAAACGUAGACUAUACUCCUCUCUUACCAACCCGGUGUUCUGAAGUAUUGAACUGCUUGAUAUUUUUAAAUAUUAUUAUCUGUUUAUCUGUUUUGCAGAAGCUCACAGUUUGGCCAUGCAGUCAUGUAGGAAAGUCAGACUGCCUUGUGGAAAACUUUGUGCUUUUUAUGAUACAGUGAUAUGUCCAUGAUUUAAUUACAAAUAUUAUACACUUAUCUGCCCCAUGAUUUUUUUUACUUUAUGUUAAAAGUAAAAAGAUAAAAUAUCUAUAUAUCCUCAUAAAAUAUGCUCUUUUUUCUGACCUCACCAUGCACUUCACCUGAAGAUGUGUAAGAUUUGUGUCUUGUUUAACACUUGUUACAACUCAAGAUCAAAAUUUAAUGGAUUUUAGCAAUGCUGCAGUGUUUGCUAUGUUUUCUCCUUUCCCCUCGGUUUAAUUAUCAUGCCACGUCACAUCAGUUUGGAGGCGUUAUGCCUCCGCCACUUGCAAAAAUGCUUAUGCUUAUGAGGGACUGCUGAAGCUGCAAAGCUGCAAAGAAGAAACAGCAGCUACAUCAGUCGUUUCAAAGCUAUUAAUAAUGAUUCAUUUUUUUCUGGUGGAUAUGUAGCAAAUAGGAACACCACAGUGGCUCAGUAAAUUAGGACAAUAAUAUUUAUACAUGCACGCAAAAGCAGGAAAUAAAAGCUUCUUUAUUCCUCAAAGGAUGUAGGCUUUGUAUGUCACAGGUUUGAGAUUUAUCAAUAAACUAAAACUGCACUGAGUGAAUCAUCAGACACUUCAUACAUGCAAUAAACAUGUAAUAAAUGUGUUAUGUUUUGGGGUGAAGUUUCUCUUUAAGUCUAGCCUGGGACUAAAUUCAUUUCCAAGGUUUAUUUUUGGAUGUUUUUGAUAGAGUAUAAAGCAAUUGUCAGGUCUGAGGAGUUCUGCUUCAGCUAGGAGCAUAACUAAAGGUGCAGUGUGUAAUUUUUAUCAGUGCUGCUAGGAUAGCUAAAGCAUAAUAUCAACCAUACCUUGGAAAAAAUAUGAUUGGAAAUGUUGCCAUGCCACAAAUAUGGCUAAUGUCUUUGUUUCACUUCUGUUUGUGCACCUUUUCCCUAAAAGUGGAAUUCACAAAGCAUGUAAUUUCAGCAGAGGGGAAAGUGUCACUUAGAGAGAAGUAUAGGGCUUGCCAAUUAUUUCAAUGCAAUGUGCUUUAUCAGCAGCAGAUGACUCUAAGUCUUAUAAACUGUGUAUUUAAAUGAAAAAAAAACUAGGCAACUCCAGCUACUUUACAAUACUCCAAACCACUUUCAAAGGUGUCUUUGUUAUUAAAUGAUUGUUAAUGGCCUAGAGACAACGUUAUAUAAUAUAAACUGCACCUUUAAGUGUUUUUGGUUUACACGUUUACAACUUGUUACUGGCUGCUAUAAUGGGAAGGGGA